ACCCACAGUUCCACGUUGUGCGCGUGCGCAACAGACUCUAAAUAUUGAAAUGAACUACAAAUUAACAUCAGAAGGACUACAUUUUUACCUGAACAUGCGCAGUAGGAAUCCCGAGACCUUUAAAUGUACUGUACGUGCAAAGAUGGCAGCGCAACUGGACUUGCUUCGUGCGAAAGUAGAAGGAGAAAAGCUAAGGGAUAGUCUUGAUAGAUUCAUUAAAGAGAAGAAAAAGAAGAAACGGGAUCUUUCGCUGUCAGGUGACAAACGGGAGAGAUGUGAAAAGGAAGCGAAGAAAGUGAAGCUCCAUCACCACCAACACGCUGAGCACCGGACCCACCAGCCGCAUCAGCUGCAGCAAAAUCCUAAACCCCACAACUUCAGCGCAGAUAAACAUGUCAUGCACAGCAACCACCACCACCAUCACCACAAUCACAGCCUCACCAACGGCACAAAGAAGAACCUGCAGCCGACUUUACCGCCUCCUCCUCCGGGGAAGGUACCAGAGCAGCUGCAGAAGAAGCGAGCGGUGCCCCCCGAGCCACCUGCGCUCUUCACUUUCACGCCUCUCAAAAUGGUCAAGGCCAAGCCCAAGGAUCUCAAAGAGAAGCAUAGGGAGAAAGACCUGAAACUGAAGCUCAAGAAGGAAAAUACCGAGGCAAAUGUGAAACACGCUGAACUGAAGAAAAAGAAGGAGCCAAGGCCCCACAAUGGAAAUGCCAAGUCUUUAACACUGGAGGAAUACCUCCUGAAGAAGAAAAAGAAGAAGAAGAAGCACCGCGAGGAGGAGCACAGUGCCAAGAAGGUCCGAUACGUGCACAACAAAGCUGUUCAGACUGUAUGUGCAGGGCUUGGAGCAGAUCUUACUCUGCCCAUACUCCCUGAUCUGUCACUGUCCGCCACCAUGAAGCAUGAAAGCAGUUACCAGCCUGGCGGAGACGCUAUCAACAACCACCAACCCUACCUCCAUGCUCUCAAACUGGGACAGGUCCCCUUCCUCUCCCACCAAGACCACUACAUCCGUAGUUCCUGCCUCCAAACAGGCACCUGGUGCGGACGCUUCAUGCAUGAGGAACAGCAAGCCAAUGGUGGAGGAUUAGUUCUGCAUGCCUAUGCUGAUGAGUUAGCUUGUCUAAGCCCGGCUGAGAUGGAGUGCUUUGCCCAGGAGUUUCUGGAGUUGGCCUUUGCUGAGAAGCCUAGAGGUGCAGCCUCCUAUGCCUUGACAGUGGUGCACAGUGCAGCCGCCUACCUACCUGACUUCUUGGACUACUUUGCCUUCAACUUCCCCAGCACACCGGUCAAAAUGGAGCUCCUGGGCAAGAAAGACAUUGAGACCACUACUAUUGCCAACUUUCACUCUCAGGUAUGUCAAAAGGUGAGCCGGACUUACUGUUCAGGAACGUACCGGUCUGGACCCAUGAGGCAGAUCAGCUUGGUGGGAGCGGUGGACGAGGAAGUUGGAGACUAUUUCCCAGAGUUCCUUGACAUGCUGGAGGAGUCACCCUUUCUCAAGAUGACCCUACCUUGGGGAACCCUAUCCAGUCUGAAGCUGGACUGUCGCUCUCAAAGUGACGAUGGGCCCAUCAUGUGGGUGCGACCAGGAGAACAAAUGGUACCCACUGCUGACAUGCCCAAGUCACCUUUCAAAAGACGCAGGUCCAUGAAUGAGAUAAAAAAUCUACACUACCUGCCGAGGGCCAGUGAACCCAGAGAGGUUCUGUUUGAGGACCGGACUAAGGCCCAUGCAGACCAUGUAGGCCAGAGUUUUGACUGGCAGAGCACUGCUGCGGUAGGGGUACUAAAGGCAGUGCACUUUGGAGAAUGGAAUAACCGACCUCGGAUAACCAAAGAUGUAGUUUGUUUCCAUGCUGGGGACUUCAAUGAAGUUGUCCAAAGGCUUCAGCUAGAUCUAUAUGAGCCCCCAGUGUCUCAGUGUGUGCAGUGGGUGGACGAUGCCAAGCUCAACCAGCUGAGGAGGGAAGGCAUCCGCUAUGUCCGUGUCCAGCUCUGCGACGAUGACAUUUACUUCAUCCCGAGGAACGUCAUCCACCAGUUCAAGACGGUGUCUGCAGUCUGCAGCCUGGCCUGGCACAUCCGCCUCAAACAGUACCAUCCAGAGGAGAAGGACAAGGAGGAGGAGCAGCGGCCCAAUGAUCUCAGCCCCACCUCAGGCCGAGUCUCUUUUUCCUCUCCUGCCAGGCCUGACGCCACCGUAACCCCCUGUGCACGACCACAGGGAGACAACGUCCAAGGUGGGGUGGCCAAGACUGACGAACCAGAGUUCCAGAGGCCCGCUACACCUCCCCAAGAGCCUCAGCCAGCCCCUCCACAACCCACCAAAUCUGCCCAUUUGCCCCCGACAUACAAGGUUUCCCACCUUUCCUUGGAGCCAGUCCACUCUGGAUGUACACCUUCAAAAGAGCCCACCCUUCCAAAAGCUCUCAGCAACACUUCACACUUCCGUAAAUGACCCCCACACCACCAACAGUCUCUCUUUCUGCCCACUGUGGGAGGAGUGUAUGUUAAGGAAUUGAAGACUAAAACAGACCUCUGUGUCAAUCAGGAAGCUUUUCAAAUUAAAUUAUUCUUCACACUUUUUAAAUCUUUAAAUGUUGGUGAAAAUGUUCCCAGAUGUUUUUUUUUUUUUCCAGCCAAAGCAUACUAUUUAAUGGGACUACGUACCACAUUUUGCUAUUUUUUAUGUGAUUGAAACUAAACUGGAACUCUCUACUGUCAAAAGGCGUGUAUCAUGUAAAGAAUUGACAAUAUAAGUUGCCAUACUUUCAUUUUAUUUUAUUUUUAAUUUAUGUUCAAGGCUCAGCUGUUUCUGUUUUUUGGCAGAGGUUUGUCAUUGAAGGAUGAAGUUUGUGGCACUCAUGUGCAGGUGGAAUAAUUGUUAAGUAUCGUGAUGGAAGCAUGAUACUGACAUUAUAUUCAUUUCAGUGACAUAUGCUUAUAUACUAACCUUACCCAGAAGCUACAUUUGACUCUGUUUCAUAGAUUCAGGACACUGUCUGUAAAAAUGGGCCUUUGCUAUUUAAAUCAAAUACUCUGCUCAUAUUGGAUUUCCUGAGUUGGUCACAGCCAGUAAACAAAGAAUAAUCAAAAUGAGUAGUAUUUUGUUUUGAAAAACAACUUUAAAUAUUUCUUUUAAAUUGAAAAGACACAUUUAGGGGCAUAUACUUAUCUUAUUAAACUUCAAGAACUUAAAACUUUUUUGUCACCUUCAUAAGUUGCGAUUUGUUAUUAAAUGCAAUUUUACACAGCACCCUUUUUCUUACUGUUGAUACUGUUUUUUAAUUAUAUUUAUUUUGUCAAGAUUGAGCUCAACAUAUGAACACAGGCUUGUAACCUGGGAUGAAUAUUUAAUAUUAUUAUCUAAGUAUAGGAGCGCCUCUAAAUGAUGAAGGAAUUACGGCUAUUGCAGUUAGCAAUAAUUGUCUGAAUCUUUUCUUCAGGUGUGGAGCAUGUCUUCAGAAAUUGAUAUGUAAAUAUUAUAUUAUUGUUGUAGCUGGGAAUAUGUGAACCUUGUCAGUACACUCAAGUCAUUUUUCAUUUUAUUUAAAUUCAUUCUCACCUUUAGUUUUAGCUGGUAAUGUCACUGGGUUGAUGAGGGCACUGGUCUAGAGGGUUCUGUGCUUGUGUCCACUCUCCUCAGUGCAAUUGUGUGAAUUUAUACUGCAAAUGCUGAUUGUUUUUUUUCUCAUAGUUCCAGCAAAGUCUGGAAUAAUGAGGCCUCGUACAAAAUGAUCCAAGACUGAACAUGUAAAUGGUUUGCAAUGUGACAGAUGGAAGUGUAUUUCACAUUUCUUUCAAAAUAAUGUGUCCUAAAGUAUCUUAAAGGUUUCUGAUCAGAGUACAGGAUUUACAGUUCUACUGAACCUCACAGAGGCCUUCAUUCUGUAGUCUUCUACAAGCAGUCUUCUAUAAAGGAAGUGAUGGUGUUCUACCACUGACUACAUCUUAGUGCCUUGUACUGUACACGGUUAGCCUCAUUUAAAACUGUGAGGUGUGUUUGUUAAGGAGUAGAAUGGUAAAAUGGGGAUUGGCAAAGCAGUCCUUGUGUAUAUUGUUUUUGUUUUGUUUUUCUAUUUAUAAGAAAUGUUUCUCAUUGCUUUUUGAGUUCUACAUCUGCAUGUCACCUAGGGGCAAACAAUUACAACAUCGUAGAGUUAUUGAAAAUUAUGCCUUUUAUCCACACUAGAUCAUAUUCAGGAAGACGAAUGGUUACUUUGUUAUGUCAGAAAUAUGGCUGUCAUACGUUCUUGACUUACUAGCUCAAUGUAGAAAUAAAUUGACAGUUAAAAUACUGUCACAUCAGCCUUUUGUCAUAUUUGUUGUGAUGCUGUGUAUUCUAGAAGCAAUGAUUGCUGUUGUUAAUGUUUGUAUUGAGAAGUUUUUACUACUUUUUGUCAGUUUUCUGGGUGAAAAGUUAAAAGACCGUAGAGAUCUGGUACCGAUAUGAUUCAGUCUUUGUUAAGUAGAAGGAAAAACACAAUGAGAAUGAAUAGACUUUCUAUAUUUUUUUAAUAAAUAAUUUUGUGUGAAA